AUGCAACUGAGCCUCAUCACCGCUGCAAGAGAAUUGCUCUGGCCCAACACAUCUCCCAGCAAAGCACUCAUUAACGGCGAAGUCGAGCAUGAGUACAUUCGAGGAAACAUUCAAGAUAGAAGUCCUUGCCCUGGGCUGAACGCUCUCGCCAACCACGGAUACUUACCACGAGAUGGACGAGGUCUCACCAUCGCUCAAGUCGAAGAGGCCUGCAUGAGAGGCGUUCAUCAAAGCAAAGCCCUUUCCUCCGCCGUUGCUAGACCCUUGAAACAGAUUGUCCGCUCUGAUGGCACUUUCGACUUGAUCGACUUGCGGCGACACAAUGUCAUCGAGCACGAUGCUUCUCUGACCCGGCUUGAUGCCCGGCAAGGCGACAACUAUACCUUCCAGCCUGCAAUGCUUCAAUCAAUGUUUGACGAUGCUCACGGUGGACCAGUCACAGUUGAAUCGCUCGCAAAAUCUUACAACCGCAGGAAGAAAGAACGUAAGGCAGAUGGAGGAGUUGCUGUGCCGCUGGAUCUCCGGUUCGUGAACAUCAUUCAGACAGUCUCAUUUCUCAAUUCGGCAGAUACCAAUGGCAAGCUUUCGGACGACAUGAUGAGGGUGUUCUACGAGGAGGAGAGGAUCCCAGAGGUCGUGCUAAACAAUCAGCAUACACGCACAUUGAUCGGGCUGCUGGGUUAUGCGUUCAAGUUGAUCUACUUCGUUGUGGUUGGUAGUUGA